AUUACAAUUAUCAAAUGAUUGCAGUGUAUUUUAGGUAUAGAUUCAGUGUUUCUUGUAUAGAUCUUAUGUUUUACUUAUCAGUCUCAGGUCAGGCUGUAAAAACUGUUCAACGGGACCCUAAUGAUGUAGAUCUGAUGAAAGCAGUGGGUGAUCGAGUUUCUUUUCGUCCAGACAACUUUGUUCCUCCUGUCACCAGCAUCAUCUGGAAACACAUAAACACUAGUGGAACUGUUAACCAGGCGAUUGAAUGGGAUGAAGGAGAAAUUCUAAUCCCGAAUCAGAGAUUCAGAGACAUCACAAAUGUUGAUGAGAAGACUGGACAAAUCACUAUAACUAAUCUAAAAGUCGAACAUAGUGGAGUUUAUACCAUUGACAUCAACAGUAAAGAGCAGCAACAGAGAUUCAACUUGACGGUUAUGGAGCGGGUCCCCAAACCUGUGAUAUAUAUAGAGCCGAGUGUUAGCCCUGGUGUUGUGUAUUUGAGAUGUGAAUACAGUGAAACGAUCAUCUGGAAGAAUUCUACUGGAGAAACACUGACGGGUUCGCUACUCUAUCCAAAAGGAGAGUCUAUCACAGUCAUAAACGAAGGAAAUCCAGAAAACUUCUACACCUGUACACUCGAUAACGGCGCAAGUGAAGAAACCAGUGAUCCGGUCUAUGAGAGAGAUCUGUUCAAAGAAUCAAACACACGAUUUAUCGUCGCAAUUGUCAUUCCUGCGAUCACUGUGAUUAUCAUCCUUUUCCUGAUUAUGAUUGUGUUUCAUGGUGAUUGUGCUGCUUCCUGUGGGAGACACAAGAUUUACAAGAAAAUAACAGCUGUGAGUGUGUGAUUGAUGCUGCCACAGUUCUGCUCAUCAUGGACUCUAUAAAUCUCAGCUUUACUGAAUCAUCUGGAGCUCUGAACCGUCUGUGCCUUCAUGAAUCUGACUGUUAUUAAACUUUGACUGUUGCUUUUUGAUAUUUCUCUCUGCUGGGCAGCACAAAUGGUGUUUGAAAUUCAGGUUAUGAAUCUAUUAAUCUAAAUAUUGUGAUGGAAUUUUUGAACUAAUUAAUAAUGAACUAACAUUUCUUUUUUUUCUACAGGCCUAAUAAUAAUCUAACUUUGAAAUAGAGAAAUAAAGUGUUGUAAGGGGAAAAAUUCUGUUGUGCUGGCUAGACAGCAUCCUUCUGAGGAUAAAAAAUAGUCUUGUUUUAACCUAUUGAGUAAUCUGAACUAUUAACCCAGUGAUAUUUUUUGAUGAUCUUGUGAUUCAGUUGUUCUAAUCUAAAUUUAUGCAGGACAGAGGAACUGAGAUGAUUUUCUUAAAUCUAAACCAAUCGUAUUGAGACUGAUGAUAACGAGUAAUAGAUCAUGCCCUACUGACUGUGAAGUGUACCUGAAAUCCUAUAAAACCUGCUGUAUUCCUUUGUUCGGAGAGAGAUUCUCUGGGAUUGACGAGAACUCUCACGGCUGUUAUUAAAGCUUUGAAGAGCAAAAA